UUGCACUCUUGGCACCUCGCGCUACUCCCAAGAAAAGUCGGCAGCACUAGCAACUGCUGCAAUAUCGCAGAGAACAACUCGACACACACAAGAAUGGCGCGCGAUAGUAAAGCACUCGCUGUAAAAAGUGAUUCUCAAGCCAAGCCAGAGCCCACACAAAUCUUGAAGGCGACUAAAGCCCUCGUAAAACAUAUCAGGAAAGAUCUCGCGACGAAAGAAGGAGACGAGCCGAAGACAAAUCUACUUGCAGAUGCGGACCAGGAGGACGAUGACGAUGAGGACGAUGUUCCCGUGUGGCUAUUGAUCACAACCAAAAAGCACAUUGUCGACAAACAACGAUUAAAGCCAGGAAAAGUGAAAGUCCCACACACUCUCCAUGCAUCGCCCAAUACUCGCAUUUGCCUCAUCACGGCCGAUCCCCAGCGGAGAUACAAAGAUAUUGUCGCACAUCCCUCCUUUCCGCCAACACUUGCGUCGCGCAUCGGCCGCGUUAUUGGCAUGAGCAAAUUGAAAGCGAAAUACAAGUCCUACGAGAGUCGGCGACAGUUGUAUGGGGAGUACGACAUGUUCCUUGCCGAUGACCGCAUCAUCACAGGUUUGCCUCAAGUACUCGGCAAGAUAUUCUACAAGGGCAGCGCCAAGAGGCCGAUUCCUGUAUCUCUGAUCGGCGAUGAGAAGAAGUCGAAAGAUGCAGUAGCCAAGAGACCACAGCAGUCAGCCAAAGAAAAGGUUGGCGCACAAGUCGGCGAGGCCCAGGCUGUCGCAAGAGAUAUUGAGCGUGCCCUCAGCUCUGCGUUGGUGCAUCUUUCGCCUGGUACAUCGACAUCAAUCAAAAUUGGGCUGGCGAGCUGGGACCCGAAGAAACUGCAGGAGAACGUCGAGGCGCUGGUGCCGGCCGUAGUCGAAAAGUUUGUACCACAGAAAUGGGCCAAUGUACGCUCUAUACACAUCAAAGGCCCUCACACCACAGCGCUCCCAAUCUGGCUUGCAGAAGAGCUGUGGGUUGAUGAGAAUGUGGAUGUCACCGAGACCAAGUUUGAGCCGCCAACGAAGCUUCAGCGAAGAGCUGAGCGGAGAGAGCGAAGAAAGUUGAUUGAAGCCGCCGAGGCUACCUACGAAGCACCAAGCGCGAUUGAAGAGUUUGAUGAGGUCAAUGAAGAUGGUGUUAUCGAGAACCCCAGCAAGAAGAGGAAGCGCAUCGAUAAAGACGUUGCAGAUAUGCUUGCAGUAAGGAAGGCGACUGCAAAGAAGAUGAAACAGAAGGUCAUGGACGAAGCAGGUGGAGUGUCUUUAUGAUUGCAUGUUUGGAGUUCGGGAUAUGGUGUCUGGAGCAUACCACUAGACGCCUUUCUCAUUUGUAUGGUAUAGUAGAAAAGUAUUGCACGCAACGGGCAGGCUGCGCGUAGCAGACGAGGUGAAAAUUUAUGAAGCUCUAUUUGAGUUCCUGAUAUUUUAGGUAUUCUUGGACCUUUCCGAGUGCACUCUUAGACGUUGGUCCGAAGAACUCUUU